GAGACCAGACCUGGACAUUAGAUCUUGAGGUGACCAUGGUGUUUGGAAAUUCUUGACCUUCAAGCUGUUCAGGUAUUUUGGUGACAGCUAAGCUGCUGGAGCUGUCAGCAAGACUCAGCAGGACAGAAGAUUUGUUGGAAUUUAUUAUUCUGUCUAAUACCUCACGCAUUAAUUGUUGGGGGCUGAGGUUGCAAAGAUGACAACCGCUGAUGUUGAAGAAACAAAUAAUUGGACUCUAUAAUGUAAGAAGUUUGUAAAUAGAGGAAGAGACAAGUACUGUGGAGCACUUGUUAGAAUUUUAUCUUAUACUUAUUUGUAUAAACCUCUAUAUUUAUUAAUUUACUUUACAUUCUGAGUUUCAGUGUGUAUUGUUCUCUCUGAGAACCUUUUGGACUCUGUAUUAUAUAUGCACUUAUAAGAGGCCCAGUUAGGGUUGAUUCUGAGAGUUUGGGAUGCUUAACUUGGAGUCCUUCUAAUGUAGAGUUAGGCAUGUGAGGUCUGAGGUGUUUGUGAGGCAGUGGUGGUGGUUUCCAGUCUGUGCCAGGAAGCAGAGAUGGCACAGUGGAUAUGAGUUUGGUAACUGGUUUUCAACCCCCGGUCAGCUUAUGAGCGUCUAACUUUACGGUAAAAUAAUAUCAAGGAGGAAAAAAACCUUGAGGUUUUCAGACUUCACCCCUGGUGUGGCCCUUGGUUUGUGAGCACCGGUAAUAAAUGCCAUCACUCUGCUGCUCUCUGGUUGAGGCCUCGUCUGGUCUGUAUGUGAAUGAUCUGUUGUUCACAGGCUACUUGACGCCCUCAGCGCCACUCCAGCGAGGAAAGUGCCUUUCUCAGCGAGAACGGGUCAAGAUGGCGAGUAGCCCUUCAUUCUCUUUCCCACUGAAAUUUCCCUAGGACACUAAGGCUUUCUGCUGCUCAAAGAGAACUUUACUUAGGACAGAGGCUUUCGUAUUUUUAGCAUUUUUCACAUCCAAAGUAGUCAGUUUACUAUUCUAAAGUAGAUUAUGUAUUCUUUUUUUUCCAACUGCCACAGAUUCCCCAGCAUCUCAAAUUUUAACAUCUGUUCUCCUUUUAACCCAUAUGUCAAGAUGAGCCAGAUAAAUUCCUAUGUGUUUUCUAUAACUCUGUUGACUGUACUUUAAUAACAGUAGCAAGACCUAUUUCAUUGUCUUGUCACAAGGAUUGUUGAUGAAAUUGGGAUGCUUUGUCUAAAAUGCCUGUAAAAUAAUCCAUGUUUCAUAAGCUAAAGUGAAACUUCGUCAGGUUUUUAAUUAGUUGCAACUGACAUGAGCUACCUUCCUAAUCUAAGUCAACAGCAGGGUCAGACUGAAGUCUAAUUGCCCAUCCACCAGUGACAUCUGCUUCCAUUUUGAGAAAGCCCUCUAUUCACUUUCAGACAGUAUUAUUUCAGGAAAAUGAAACUGCAUACAUUUGUGGGUUUCCUACAAAAGGAUCCAGAUUUAAUUAGAGAUAGUUUUACAUUUUAUCCUGCUUUUUAAACUGGAUUGUCCACGCUGUCAAAUUUCAUAGCCAUCCAGCAGAGAGAUGUUGCUUUUGCAUAGUGCCAUGCAAGAUGUGACGGUGCCAUUGAUUCUCUCAUGUGCACUGUACUGAAUGUGACCUGUCAAAGAGUGCUCGGUUUGACAUGGAUUGAAUAAGGAAGCUUACCCUUAAAUGAGUUAGAUGUGGUACAAAAUAAUUUUUACUUGGAACCAUGUUUAAAAUUCAGUCUCAUUCUGUUCAACGUGAGUUCCCUCUAGUCCACUUCUACUGAUGCAAAAGUGCAAGUAAGAGGGUUGCUCAGGGAUGCCUAUAAGCAUUCUUAUCUUCUGUUUAGUUUUAUUUUGAAUCCCUCCUCUGCUUCUGGAGUAGUUGAUAUUCUUCACUAGAUCCUGUAUUAGCAGAAAUGUUCACACUUGGCAUAUCCAGGGUUUUUCACAUACAGUGUUUGGCAGGGGGCCCAUGUUCCCUCUACUCAGAAAGACAAAUGGAUGGAGUUGAAAGUGGAUUGUGAAUAAAAACGCCACCAGGCUUUGCUUAAACAUACUGCCUUUGUCCAUUCAGGCUGCCAUAACAAAAUACCACAGACAGGUAGCUUAUAAACAACAGAAAUUUAUUUCUCACAAUUCUAGAUGCUAGAAGUCCAAGAUCAAGGUGCCGACAUGAUCCAGUGAAGACCUUCUUCCAGUCACAAGCUUCUUGCUGUCCUCAUGUGGUGGAAGGGGCUAGGGACCUCUCUGGAACCGCUUGUCAGGCACUCAUCCUGUGAGAUGAAAUCCUCAUGACUUAAGCCAUCUCCCAAAGGCCCCAUCUCCUAGCACCAUCAUCUUUGGGGGUUAGGAUUUCAAUGUAUGAAUUUGUGGGGUGGGAGGACACAGACAUUCAGAUAUAGCACUUACCCAAUUCCAUUAUCAUUGUUGUUUUCCCUUUUGGCCACCUGAUCCCUUUAUCCCUUCAGCAUCCUUGUGUUCUUACCAUGUGGCCCUUACAGCUGCCGUUCCUUGGCGAUUCAAAGGGCCUUGUUAAAAUACCUGGAAUGUUCUCAGCCUCUGCUGGCUCAUUGAAGGGCUCAUUGGUCUCAUGCUUUGCACUGUUAGCCUAGUUCUGGAUUUGCUGUGGACUAGCUAUGUGUCACUGGAUCGAAGCUAGGCUUCUUUCCAGGAAGAGGGCAACCAGGUCUAUUUGAGUCACUCUGUACUCCCAUUCCUAGCACAAUACGUGGUUUAUAGCAGGCGCGUGAUAAAUAUUUUUACGUGACUGAAUGUAACUUAUCUGAGCCUCAACUUCCUCCUCUGUAAAAUGGGAUAGCAACUGAGGAGGAUGUUGUGAGGCUCAAGUGAGAGACCCUUAACAGCAGUAAUGUUACGGGCAUUUAUGGAAUCAGAGCACUAUUAUAUAUGAUCUCAUUUGUGCAUAAAACUGCUUUUUAAGCCAAAAUGUAACAUGCAUGUAUAAGGGGUUGUUUUCACUCUGUUCAGUACCUUGUCCAAAGCAGUGAAAGGUUAACUUGAGAAACUACACUCUGGGAGGUGCAGAACAUUGGGGGCCUACAGAUGUGUCCUGGGAAGCAAGCCUGGUCCAAGAGGGCAGUGAGAGGACAGACGGUGAACCUCGUUUUGGGUGGAAACCAUUCUACCAUUGAGUGAACUUGUCGCCUUUGUCAGCUGAGACCUCUGAGAAAAUGCACACAGAGGAAGUGGGGCACUCCAGAUGAAAAGAGUACCGAAGCGUUCACUUCCAGCCCAGUAAAACAUGGAGAGGAAGAACCCAUCCAGAGAGGGCCCUAGGAGGCUCUCGGCCAAACUCAGCAAAGGCACAGAGAUGAAAAAGGUGGCUCGUCACCUUGGCAUGGCAGCAGCUGAGUCAGAUAAGGACUCUGGAUUUUCAGAUGGGAGCUCAGAAUGCCUGAGCUCGGCGGAGCAGAUGGAGUCCGAGGACAUGCUGAGCGCCUUAGGCUGGAGCCGAGAAGACAGGCCAAGGCCGGGCUCCAAGCCUGCGAGCAGUGCCUUCCCGACACUGUCCCCCAUGGUUGUCAUGAAGAACGUGCUGGUCAAACAGGGCGGCAGCUCAUCCCAGCUCCAGUCGUGGACCGUCCAGCCCUCCUUUGAGGUGAUCUCGGCACAGCCGCAGCUCUUAUUCCUUCAUCCACCUGUGCCGUCUCCCGUCAGCCCCUGUCACGCUGGUGAGAAAAAGUUGGACUCCAGGAACUACUUGCCCAUUCUAAAUUCUUACACCAAAAUAGCCCCACACCCAGGCAAAAGGGGCCUUUCCCUCAGCACGGAAGAAAGAGAAGGUGGAACGCAGAAGAAGGUCUGUACUGAGAGACUGGGGCCAAGCUUGUCUUCUCGCGAGCCGACCAAGACUGGCGCUGUGCCAUCCAGGCCCCCGACGCCAGCGCCCCCCAGUGCCAGGCUUGCCGAGGACUCAGCUCUCCGGGGUGUGCCAUCCCUGGUGGCAGGUGGAAGUCCACAGACUCUUCAGCCCGUGUCCAGCAGCCACGUGGCUAAAGCUCCCAGCCUGACCUUUGCUUCCCCCGCCAGCCCCGUCUGCGCGUCAGACAGCACGCUGCAUGGGGUAGAGAGCAGCUCCCCGCUGUCCCCACUGUCGGCCAGUUACAGCUCACCUCUGUGGGCCGCAGAGCACCUCUGCCGCAGCCCGGAUGGCUUUGCGGAGCAGCGGCAGAGUAAACACAGGCGCUUUCAGAAUACCCUGGUGGUCCUGCACAAGUCUGGCUUGCUGGAGAUCACUUUGAAAACCAAGGAGUUGAUUCGUCAGAACCAAGCAACUCAGGUGGAACUAGAGCAGCUGAAGGAGCAGACCCGGCUGUUUAUAGAGGCUGCCAAGAGCAGGGCUCCUCAGGCUUGGGCCAGGCUGCAGGCGUCUUUAACAUCAGGGUCAGGUCACACUGGCAGUGACCUAGAAGCAUUCUCUGAUCAGCCAGACAUAUAACAUAGAAGGCAAAUUUUCCUUUUACUUGAGUGAUUCUUUUGAACUCUUUUACCAUCAUCUUCUGUUCCCCAAAGCUUUCUUUCUAAACUUAAACUGUUCAGCGGUUCACUUAUAAAGCCACAUGCGAAUACUGGGCUGCUGUUGUAACCUGUGGUUUCUGCAGUUUUCCUUUGUCUCCGUUCCACUGAGAACCUCAGAUUUGGGUGUCCUUGAGUCCCUCUUCCUUAGCUUGUAGGCGUUUAGAUGGAUCCAGGGCAAAGCGGGGGAGAUGAGCGCGUGGGACCCUUCUCGCUGUCACCUCCCACCAUCCCACUCACUAACCAUGAUCACGAAUGCAGUGACACAGGUGAGCAUAGAGUGACACCUGUCAAGCCAAGGAGUAGGUGACAUACGGUGCCCUUCGUGGCUCCUCCCUUCAAGGUCAUAGUCACAGAGGAAAAUAAGAGGAGGGUGUUUGCAUUCCACAAGGCAUUGUGCCCUUUGGAAGAAACCUAAAAUGCUUUGGGCACUGGUUGAUCCUUGGGUGCAAGCACUUAAUCACUUAAAGCUUCGUUUUCUUAAACUUGAAAGUCAAGGGGAAAGGGUAGUGCCAUUUAUCUCUUAGACUUUAACCACAAGCCAGAUUUUUCUUCACUUAAACUGGUAGUCGAAAUACUUCAGAUUUGUAAAGUAUGGAAUGGAUUUUGGACCAUCUGGAACUACAAUUGAUGAGCUGCUUUUUUGAAUUAGAGUCUGAAGAAGGGAGAAAUAGCUAGUAUCUCUUGGUCAGGAGCCGAAAGUGUCUGGUAAUUUAUGCUUUUCCCCCCCUUCUUUUGAAACAAUGCAACCUGUGUUACGUGUGAAAAUCUUAAAGACAGCUUUACGAUUCCCGAUAGUGUAAUACAAGUCAACCCUCUGCUGCCACCUUUUUUUCCCGUUUGUUUUUACAAAAGAAGAAAGAAAUGAUUAUUAUGCUUGAUAAACUUUGAAUUAAAAUCAUUGUAAGUUUAUGACAUACAAGUCCAGAAAAAUCAGAAAACAUUCUUGUUAAUCCAUUUUUCUUCCACAUCGGAGUUCUCAUUUGUUGUCCCACGUCACAAUGAUGUGGAGCAGUCUUCCGUGUUUCUUUUGUGCAUUAGAUUUUGGCAGCAAAGCCAAAGGUGUGGUGGGCUUUAUGAGGCCCAUCUAGAAACAGAGUAUUAUGAGAACUUACAGAUGAUACACACACUUUCAGCCUCAUUGUAAACUAGAUUUCUAAGUAGUAACGUUGCCAACUUUUUAUCCUCCCAUUUAAAAAUUUCAUUCUCUUGAAAAUCUUUGUACAGAUUACCUUAAUAGGAAGUUCUGUAUGACCAACUUAAUCUUUCCUGCAAGGAAAAUGUUCUCUGAAGGCCAGAAGCUAAUGCUCAUAUUUCCUAGGUAGUUGUAACUCUAACAUAGUUUUAAAAUUACAAGGCUUCAAAUUGCCUGCAUUUUGUUCUCUAACACAUGAUUUAGACAUGACCAAUUUAGAAAUAAACAACUCAGUAAAAUCUCUAGACUCUCCUGAUUAAUGCAGAAUUACUACCUGCCAUUUGCUUCCUGAAAGAAUUUCAAAAAUCGAGCAAAUGUAUUUUUAAGCAGACUCAGCUCCUUUUAGUAUUUUUCCCUUGGCCCACUCCCUUUUCCUCCCCUGAAUCUGUGUGGUGCUACGGCAGCUCUGCUCUGCACACCAUGCUAGGAAGCUUCCUUUUUGGCAGAAAAUGUUUGGCAGGAAAGCCAUAGAGACAGGUGCGUUCAGAACAGCCUGGGCACCAGUCAUGGGUCUUACUGAGUCAAAAAUCUGAACACACUUGCUGAGAACCAAAUUUAUUCCAUCGGAAAAACCCUCUGUGGAGCUGUACGUCUCUUGGACUUGUCUUCCUAGAUUAAGUUUUGCAUUUCCCCCCAUCACAGUAAAAGAUGAUGAAAGCCGUCAUUGAUCCUCACUGCUGAGUGGCAGGAGAAGCAGCACCAGCCCCAGCUCUUCUCUGAUCUUGCAACUUAGUGCUGAAAGUCUCUCUAGGCUGUUAGCAUGGGUGUUCUUGCCCUAGUGGAGCAGUAUGCAGAUGAAGCCAAGCAGAGAAGCUAGAUAGUGGAAGGGGAGAUCAUUGAGGCUAGCAGACAUUUGGGGCCAGAAGCCACAUCGGCAAAUGGAGGAACCUCGGAGUUGACCAGAAAGAUCACCGUUGGUAGCACAAGGCUGUAAGUAGUGAUGGUCUCAGUGAUGUGUGGCUUGAUCUGGUAUGAAAUACUGUGGAAAAGCUACUGUUUUCUGAAAGUGAGAGGCCAUUCUUAGCUCAAACCAACCCUUAAGAGAAGUUUUGGCAGAUGGUGUGGGCAGUAUUGAAACACACCCAGGAAAAACCGCUGAUUGAAGUGGUUAUGAGAAUGGGUUCAGUGACAUUUGUAAUUUAUUAUGCUCCUGUUGCUUUUUAUUGAUUACGGCAUUGUCGGACUUUACUAUGAUUCCUUCGGCAGAGAAGUAACUUGUGCAUAUAUUGAAGUGUUUUUCCAGUGAAUUCUUUAGGGUAGAGACUUAUUUACCAAAUGUGAAUACUUUUGAGUAAGUUUGAAGUUUUGUAGAAAUUGACUGUGAAAUGUCAGAGAAAAAUAAAAGUCACUUACUUGAAAACUA